CUGACAUCUACACCCUACCCUGCUGGGACCACACACGGCGUCGACUAAGCGUGAAAGCCGCAUCGUGAAGGAGUCUGACUUGAGUGGCUGUUCUAUCUGAAAUACUUUGCCUGCUUUGCAUCCACGAAUCCGGUCUUAUUCGGUAUGCCUGCGGCAAUGGUCUGACGAGCUUUCCAACAGAGCAGCCACCCUGCCCGCUGACUUGGGAGCCCGGCAGUUGAACGGUGCAACCUGCAUUCUCCAUCCAAACCGCCUCAAUACGCAGUCGUUCCGUGGACUCGUUAGCUUCCAUACAAAAUGACGGUCGCCGUCCAGGAGCCCAUUCAUCCUUCGAGCGUAUUCAGACUCAAAAUGACCACGAGAUCGUCAACAUCACCAGACCGAGCAUCAGUCCAGCGAGUUGCAGCGCAAGCACUCCAGACAAAGGCAGUGACAGUAGAGAGAUGCAAUGGCGCCGUCUUUCGAACAUUCAGGCUCCAAUCUUCGUCCGAUUUCUUUUACGUCCUACGAUGUUGUCCCUCGACGAGUGUCAGGCUGCUUCAUCAUGAGGAGGACCGACUCCAGGCUGAAGCUCUGAUUCUGCAAGCAUUACGAGGCCGAUCAGACCUUCUCGUUCCUCGAUUAAUCGAAUACUCAAACACCUCAGCAGCGAUCGGAAGUCUCUACUGCAUCAGCGGGCCUUUCAGAGGUGCUGUACUUUCUGACGUUGAACCACGCAUGUCGACACAAGCCCUAUCGAGCACAGACAAGAGUCUGGGUCAAUAUGUGCGGAGGCUCACAUAUAUCUCUGGAUCGACAUUCGGUGCCGUAAGGCCGAACAGCUCAAGCUCUGGAGCCUCACCAUGGUCGAGAUGCUUUGCAACGAUGCUGGAGUCAGUGCUUUGGGAUGCUGAAGAUGCUCUUGUCAGUCUACCAUAUGACUUCGUUCGGGAACAAGUACGAAAACAUCGAUCCUCGCUCGACCUGAUCACCCAGCCGAAGCUUUUCUUACUUGAGAUGGUCAACGACAAGAACUUGCUCGUCGACACAAAAUGCUGGACGAUUUCCGGUGUCUUGGACUUUUCGACUGCCACCUGGGGCGACCCGUUCAUGUCGGACUGCUUUUACAACCCAUCUGUCGCCUUUGUGGAGGGUUUUGGUAAGCUGCCGAAUUCGACGACCGAUGAGCGAAUACGUCAGUACCUGUAUAUCCUCUAUCAUUCUUUACUGGCGAUAGUGCGACAAUGCUACCGGCCUUCAGAAGACGGCGACGAGCUUGGAGCCCGGCGGAACCUCACCACCGCCUUGACACAAUUAUCAAGCAUCGGCGGAUGAACCAAGAAGGAUGGUUGCCCAAUACAAGCCAAGCAUGAGCGUAUGGCGCAACGAGCGAGCAUGAAUGAGCGGGCAGGGCGUUCUUGCGAGGAUAAAACUUCGAACUCUGUGUUGCAUAUGAAACAAGAUCCUUC